UUCUUAUCUCUUCAAAAUGGAGGAAUCACGUAUUUUUAUUUUUACAAUCUUGGUGAUCAACUUUUUUCCUCUGAUCUACUCUGAAAAAAUAGAUGGAACAGAAAAAACACUGUAUAGAGAAUUAUUUCAGAAUUACAGCACUUCACCAAGACCAACAAAAUCAGCCAACAUUCCAGUUGUGGUGAAAUUUGGUGUUGCGUUAAACCAAGUUCUUGAUUUGGAUGAGAAGAAACAGAUACUGACUUCUUCUGUUUGGAUAACGGAGUCUUGGAAAGACGAAGAACUUGUAUGGUCACUUUCCGAGUAUGACGGACUGGACACUCUUAUUGUACCAUCAUCAAAGUUAUGGAAUCCUGAUAUUUUCAUCUUCAAUACUGCUGGCAACAAAAUCGAUGACUUUGUUAAUGUAACUGGCGGAAGAUUGAUGAUUCAGAACGAGGGUCACGUCACGUGGCUCAUACCUUUAAUGAUCAAAAGCGUCUGUCGUGUGGAUGCUACAUUCUUUCCGUACGACGAACAGAUAUGUGAAAUACAUUUUGGAUCGUGGAUUUAUGAUGAAACUCAGUUAGACCUUCAACCCGUCCAAACAAAACCAGGUUUAGAUGACUAUGUGGUUAAUAGCGAAUUUGAUUUGAAAGAUGCGAGCCUCAGGCGAGAAGUUGUCGACUCAAAAUGCUGUCCUGGAAACGGUAAUCACCCAAUGGUCGUAUUAACGAUCAAUUUGAAGAGGAAGUCUAGAUACUAUGAAUAUAUUGUGAUAGCACCAACAAUGUUGCUGAGUAUUCUAUCGUUGUUUUCGUUUUGCCUACCGUCACAUCAUGGGGAUAAGAUAUCAAUCGGACUGACCGUCUUCCUUACUCUGUAUGUUCUGCAGCUGUUAAUUUCAGACAACGUUCCGGACACCAAUACAACGCCCAUCCUAGGAAUUCUAACAUUUUUAGUUAUGACUUUCAACUGUACGUCCCUUAUUAUGUCGACGUUGGUCAUGAACAUUAAAAACAGGGGAAAACGAUAUCCGAUACCAGACGUUCCUCCUUUACUGUCUAAAGUAUGUCAAGGAUUUUUAGGAAAAAUUACUUGUUCAAAGUUUUCGUCUCGCGUUGACAAGUUUUACUUGUGUUCCGAUAAAUCAAACCAAGAUUUAAAUUUACGUACUAAGGAAUAUGAUAGCGGUAAAGUGCAUUUUACUGAACCGGUAAUUCCGGAUAAGAAAACACCCGAAAUUGAAGACGAAAUUCUGGAACUUGCAGAUUUGCUGAACGAAAAAGAACCUCUUUGUCCUGACGUACCAACUAACAGUACAUCAGAGAGUAAUCUUAAACCAUGCAAUCACGAAGAUCCAUUUCGACUGAAUCGGCAAAAAUUGCGGAGAUCUUACAAGCUUGCGCUAAGAAAAGGUUUAGUGCGAACGGAACGCCAUCAUCAUGAUGAAGACAAUGAAAAUAACGAUGAAAAGAAUGAUUACGAUGACAGCGAAGAUACUGACAAUGAAUUGAAAAUUCAUCAGCAAAACAUGUUAUUGAAACAGGAAUGGUAUUUUAUAGCGGAAACAGUAGAACGGGCAUCUUUUAUAGUAUAUGUUAUUGCUACAUUUAUCACUAUAAUGACUAUUCUAGUCAUUAUACCGUUGUAUACCAAAUAAUCCAACAAGGUCAGUUCACGAAUUCUUAAAUAGUUCUCAAAUGUUGAAAAAUAAAUUGUGUAUUCCAUUGCUAUAUGUAUCACAGUUGUUAAAUUUUGUACUUUAAUUGAAAAAAAAAAUCUAUGCAGAUUAUAUGAUUAAUAAGA